AUGGCUGGAGAACUGAGCUUGAUGGUUGAAGCAGAUGAAGAAUGUCCGUACCGGUGCCGAGAUAGUGAUAUAUGCCUUCUCGAUACAUAUCAAUGUGAUGGAUGGUUCGACUGCCCCGAACGCGACGAUGAGGACAGCUGCGAAAUUGCGAAAUGUCCCGAUGGGUAUGUGUGUGGUGAGGCUCCAUUCAAUGAUAUAAACGGUCCAGUCAACUUUUGUGAGGGAUGUGUUUGGCAGCCAUUUUGGGUAAAUGCAACAAGACCAUGGAAGAAGGAAGAUAUCAAGAACACGGCUAAGAAGGCUGUUAUACUGAAUCUUGGUGAGAACCUCAUAGAAUUCAUUGCACCGGGAACCUUCCAGAAUCUCUCCAAACUCACAGACUUGGUCAUCACAUCACUUAGCCCCAAAUCUAUCCCUCUUUAUACUGGCAUAUUUGAUGGACUGGACAGUUUAUCAGCUUUGUAUGUCUACGAUUCCCGCUUCUGCUGUUUAGUCCCGGACACUGUUAAAUGUAUUGAAGAGCGCCCUCCCCAUCCCCUAUUCACCUGUCGCAAGACAUUCCUUCAGAACCACACCAUCAAGGUCUUCAUAUGGAUCCUAGGAAUAAGUGCUUUGGUGGGGAAUUUCUUUGUCUUGGUGUUGAGGUUAAGAAGCACACCUACCACCAGGGUAGCCAGGAUACAGUCAAUGAUUAUCACCAACCUGGCCUUGUCAGAUCUUCUGAUGGGUGUUUAUAUGGUGCUCCUUGCCGUGAUGGAUAUCUACAUCGGGGAGUCUUACUUCUGGGCGGGGCGAGCUGAGGAGUGGAGGGCAAGCAUCACUUGUCAAAUCGCUGGAUUCAUCUCUGUUUUAAGCACUGAGACAUCCGUAUUCUUGCUCAUCCUUCUUACGAUCGACCGCUUCAUCUGCGUUGUGUUCCCAUUUAGCAAAACGCGUUUGGGCAUUACGUCUACUCGCGUUGCAAUUGCAGUUAUCUGGGUUGCAUCUAUACUCCUCAGCGUGGCGGGCUUAUUGUUGCAAAACAUCAGCCCUGAUGCCUAUGGCCUCAGUGAUGUCUGCGUUGGCCUUCCGUUCAUCCGGAAGUCGACAGACCUCCAAGCAGAAGCGGACACCCGGACCACCGACCAGUAUGGCAUACCCUACUUCACCACAAUUGCCGGCUCUACUGAAUCAACCUGGACAUACUCUAUCAUUAUAUUCCUAGGGAUCAAUCUAUGUAGCUUCAUCAUCAUUCUUCUCUUGUACAUUGGCAUCUUCAUCAAGGUCCGUUUCGUCCGAGCUGAAGUUGGUCGCACCAACCAAUCAUCCAAUGAGGUCAAGAUGGCACUGAAGAUGCUCCUGAUAGUCGGCACCGACUUCUGUUGUUGGAUGCCGAUCAUCAUCAUUGGUAUUCUAGUCCAGACAGUAGGGGUCCAAGUUACACCGGACAUCUACGCCUGGCUGGUCGUCUUUGUCCUACCCAUCAACUCAUCCCUCAAUCCUUAUCUCUACACUAUCAUAAAUCUAGUUUCUAAAUAAUUCUCCCAGCUCUGCUGCAUUGCGCCCUUGCUAUGUUUUAAACAUCGUUCAGUGUGUUUAAAUUUUUGUUUUCAAU